AUGGCCUCCCAGAUGACUCUGGCAUGCUGUCUACAUGGAAGGACAAUGACUAUAACAGUGAUUGUUGCAUAUGGCAAGGCAUUCAGUGCAACAAUGAAACUGGUCACGUACACAUGCUUCAACUCCCUGGUUGGGAAUCUUCCUAACUUGCAUACUGUUAAACUUGCUAGCAAUGUUGAUCUUAAAAUUAGUGAUGCAAAGUGUCUUACUGAUAAAAUUUUUCUUGUACCAUAUGCUUCCAUUAAGAAACGUUCAUCUUCUCUUGUCACCCUUGAUCUUGCUUACAAUUUAUUGAAAUCAUCAGAUAUAUUUCACUGGAUUUUCAACUUCACUCCCAAUCUUCAUAGCAUUUACCUUGAUCAAAACUUGUUAGAAGGUCCCAUUCCGGAUAGAUUUGGGAAAGCAAUGAACUCUCUUGAAGUUCUUCGCCUUGGUACUAACAAACUGAAAGGCACGAUUCCAGCUUCUCUUGGGAAUUUAUGUACAUUGCAGGAAUUACACCUUUACAAUAACAACUUGAGUGGGGGAAUUUCCAGCUUCAUUCAUAAUAUUUCAUGGUGCAACAGACACAAAUUUCAGUCUCUGAAUUUAUCUCAUGAUCUGGCUAUUGGCAUGCUACCUAAUCAUUCAAUUUUGAGUUCUUUGAGAGCAUUAGAUCUUUCCCGUAAUCAGCUAACUGGAGAAAUACCUAAAAGCAUUGGGUUGCUGCAUGAUUUGGAUUAUCUUUACCUAAAUGGCAAUAACUUAGAGGGUGAUAUCACUGAAACACAUUUCACAAAUUUAUCCAAAUUGAGGGUUUUAGACUUAUCAGACAACUCAUUCUCUCUAAAGGUUGGUACUACCUGGGUUCCACCUUUCCAAUUAUUUCGUUUGGGACUAGCUUCUUGCAAAUUGGGUCCUACUUUCCCAAGAUGGCUCCAAACUCAAAGUCAGAUAGAAUUUCUAGAUAUUUCUGACGCAGGGAUUGACGACUUUGUACCGGAAUGGUUUUGGAACAAUUUACGGUCUUUAUGUCAGAUGAAUAUGUCUUGCAACAAUCUCAAAGGUACAAUUCCAGAUUUACCAAUCAUGUUUGCUGGUGGAAAUAGAAAUAUGUUAAUUCGAAGUUCAAAUAAACUUGAAGGUGGAAUUCCCACCUUUCUAAAACAAGCUGACUCAUUGGAUCUUUCCAAAGAUAAGAUUACAGAUUUAAAGACAUUCUUGUGUGGAAAAAACAUAACCACAGAAAUGCGGACUUUGGAUUUAUCAAAAAAUCAAAUAAUGGGACAAUUGCCCGACUGUUGGGAACACCUAACUUCAUUAAGAUAUCUUGAUCUAAGUAAUAAUAAAUUGUCUGGGAAUAUAUUCCACAAUCCUUGGGUACUCUUGUUUAUCUGGAAGAUUUGGUCUUACGUAACAACAAAUUAUCUGGAGAACUACCACUCACAUUGA